UCUUCCGGGCAUCCGCAUUCAGUCUCGAUUUUGCAGAGAAGCUGGCGCCGGUGGUUCCCUGUGUUGUGGUGAAGUUGCUGCUGCCAGGAGAUGAUAAACUGAGAGCUUUGGCGAGCUGAGAAACCACAACAUGAAGGCAGUGACCUAUGAUGAUGUGCAUAUCAACUUCACCCGGGAAGAGUGGGAUUUGCUGAAUUCUUUCCAGAAGAAUCUCUAUAAAGAUGUAAUGCUGGAGACCUACAGGAACCUCAUUUCUAUAGGAUACAUUGUGGAAGACCAUAUCACUGAAGAACAUUGGCAAUGUUCUAGAAGAAAUGCAAGGAUUGAAAGAAAUCAAAAUGGACAGAAGAAACUUUCAGGGUAUACUCCCUGUGUUAAAGCCUUGUCUUAUGACACUCACCUUCUAAGAAUUAAAAAAACAGAUACUGGAGAAAAGUGUUCUAAAUUUAAGCAGUGUGGUAAAGCCUUUUUUUAUCACAGUCCUUUUCAAGUGCUUAAAAGAAAACACUCUGGAAAAAAAUCCUAUGAAUAUAGUCAAGGUGAUAAAGACUUUGUUGUCUAUGAAACUCAUCAAAGUCAUAAAAGAACACAUUCUGGAGAGAAACCCUAUGAAUGCAAUCAGUGUGGUAAUGCCUAUGCAUGUCAAACUGAUCUUCAAAAUCAUAAAAGAACACAUGCUGGAGAGAAAUCCUAUGAAUGUAAUCAGUGUGGUAAAGCCUUUGCACGACGCGAUUAUCUUCAAUUGCAUAAAAGAACACAUACUGGAGAG